AUGAAAAGAAUUUAUGAGCCCGAGUAUAUUAAGAUACUUCGAAAAAGUCAAUUUCGUGGCAAAGACCAACUUAUAAAUUUUGACAGAAAUAAGAGUUUUUAUAGUAAAGGAAUCACUGAUGUUGCUUUCGAAAAGAUAGACAAAGCCUUCAUUGUAAUAAAUGAAUUUAUCGACAAAAUAUAUAAUAAGCUAGAAAUGAUAAGCAUUGAUAACAAGAAAAAGGUUAAUCUGAACGUUGGAGAAAUACAUACUAUCCAAAUAUACCCAAAAGAACCAAUUAACAAUUACUCAGACAUUAAAAAAGAAAAUUAUUCAAAUUCAACUCAAAUAAACUUCCAAAAUUUUGAUUUAUUGAAUGAUAAGCUUGCUUCUUUAUUAUUUAACAAAGUUAAUUCCUCAAACAAACACUAUCAAUACUCGUUUCAAAAAAAAAAUUAUGGCCUCACACAUAAUGAAACCAUUCAAUUCAAAAAGUCAAUUACUAAUUUAAUCAACCAAAUAAACAGAGAUUUCUCCUACUAA